AUGCAAUCUGUGUCGCGUGAACAGGCAAGUGCUAUGGUGAGCCCGCCACAGACAAUCCUACCGAAACGACCGCCAAUGCGGAUGAAAGACAGCGACGACUACCUGACCGCACGGGGAGCAAACCCUCGCACAGGAUUGAUAUCGCCCAGCGUAGGGACUAGAACUCCAUGUACGCCAGACUCUCCAGGAGAUGCUCUGAAGCUCCACACAAACGAUCGCAACUCCCCAACACCACAUCCCAAGACAAGACCGUCACUCAGCCGAGCAAAUGAAGGAAGAAAGAUCAGUGGAGGACAUACUCGCACAAAACGUACAGCCACCAUCAAUGGCAUGCAGUGCAACUCCCCACACUCUGCAACCUCACACCAAACGCCGAGACAUGAAGUCGAACAAGACCACGUGAGACGAUCGUCGCCUACCCUGACCGAAGACUCCUUCGUAGUGCACAUGCCCUCCGCACGUGAGCCCCAGCCUUUCGCCUACCCUGGCUACACCGCAGAGCAAAUCGAGGCCCUGGAGCACUACCAGCGCAAGACGAGACAAGUGUCCAACGAAGGCUACGAUCGACGACUGCUCCAAAACUGCGGUAAACCUUCCACCACGUUGAGCGCAGCAGAGUGCGACAACACCCCUACAACAGAUGAAAACGGUCCUGUGGUCUAUACAUGUCCCACUGGGCAACAUUUCUUCGCAUAUCGAUAUCACGACCCGCGCGAUGGCACUACUUGGCCUGAUAGCGAGCCACCACAACUGCACGUCCGCAAACGCAAGACCCCAAUCGACAAGAUCCGGCAAGAACUCACCACAUCUCCCCGAGUGGAAGCGCAAGAAGAAGCCAAGCAUGUUUUCUUGACCUCCCCUUUCACCCCAUCCCCAAAGAUUACCACCACCACAUCUAUUGAUAGGAAUGCACAAACGAUCCGCAGGUCCGUACCGUCUUCAGAAGCGCAUCCUUCUUCGAAUUCAUGCACUUCCAAGCACGCCCAGAUCUGCUCGGCAACGGGAGAGAUCUCCGGCAAGUCGAUCUUCGGCUCGGCGCCGAGCUGCACGAACGUUGCCAACGCUGCCACUGCCGCCGCGGCGGGAGGUGAUCUCUAUCAUGCCGAUGGGGUUACAAAGACGCCCAGCGCGCCUGGGGAAACGGUUCCCGAUGCGCAUGCUGCUGCUGCUACUUGGGACCUUUGCGGUCGCUUGCCGAGGGUGAGGUUGGUGAGGCCGGAGUUGGCUGCUGUGCCGCGGGGGAGACGACAACGACAGGAGACGAGGGGGUGUUCGUUGGGGUGUCGCGGCGGAGAGUGCAUCGAAACCAGGAAAGCAUCCUCGUGCUCGACUGUCAUCUGCACUGCUGGUGAUGAAGAAAGCAACAGCCGCCAGGUCUCGACCUCCUUUGUCGAUCCCCUCACCCAACAGGCAAGAGCAUCUUCCAAUGACAGCCGCGCUAGGAUCCUCUACGCUCUCGCGACUCUCCUCCUCGACUACGCGAGGGGCUUUCAAGCACGGCUACCUGGAUGGAUUGCGGUCGUCGUGGAGACGCUCUGCGCCCUCGCCCUCGCCCCUGGGGAUCAGGAAGAUUUGCAGGUCAAGGAGAGGUUGGAGCUUUUCAAGGCUUCGGUGUCGUUGUUGGGGCAUGGGUUGGCGGUGUGUGCUGCGCUGGCAAUGGUGUGGAAGGUGGGUGUUGUGGUGGUGAGCUUGGUGGAGGUGCUGCUGUGGCCUUUGGCUGUGCCGGUGAGGGUUUUGAGAUACAAGACAAGAACUCAUAGCAAAGCAACACCGCACUCCGUCGUCCUACAGCAACUCAUCUCUGCCGUGACACAGUCAUCCACGUCCACGUCCUCGUUCUUCCUCACACCUAUAUCUAUCUCCACAACGUCCAAGUUUCCAAUCCGGCUAUCGAAGACAACGCAACAAUCCACCUCAAUGUCUCCAUCUCAGACUACGCGGUUCUUUCAGAACCUUCCUCAGGCCCAACUCGCUACCAACUCCCACCACGCACCACGCACCAUGGACUCCCACCCACGGUCUAUCGCCAUCCCCACGACCAUGGAUCUGCCUAUACUUUGA